GAUUCGCAGUCUGCCAGUGCCACCAAUCCAACUUCGACGUAUCUUAGGGUUUGGAGAUAAACAGAGAACCUCCAUGGCGGACGAGAGCGGUGUCGCUUCUAUUGCUGUUGAUUUGCCAGUGAAGAGAGCCAGAGAGGAAGACCAGACCAACGAUAACACUCUACCUGUAUCCUCUGUUCCCGUUGGAAUGGAAGAGGACGACAACAAUAAUGUCGGCAAGGACUCGAAGUAUAUAUCCACAGUCAUUCCCGGAUGGUUUUCUGAGAUCAGCCCAAUGUGGCCUGGCGAAGCACAUUCACUGAAGGUUGAAAAGAUCUUGUUCCAGGGAAAGUCUGAUUACCAGGAUGUUAUGGUCUUUCAGUCUUCAACUUAUGGAAAGGUCCUUAUUCUGGAUGGUGUCAUACAAUUGACAGAGAGGGAUGAAUGUGCAUAUCAAGAGAUGAUAACCCAUCUCCCACUUUGCUCAAUUUCCAACCCGAAGAAGGUCUUGGUUAUUGGAGGAGGGGACGGUGGUGUAUUGCGUGAAGUGGCUCGUCAUAGUUCUGUUGAGCAGAUAGAUAUCUGUGAAAUCGACAAGAUGGUAGUCGAUGUCUCUAAAGAAUAUUUUCCAGCUGUAGCAGUAGGAUAUAAUGAUCCCAGGGUGAACCUACAUAUUGGUGAUGGAGUUGCCUUCUUGAAAGCUACUCCAAAAGGCACUUAUGAUGCAGUCAUAGUUGAUUCCUCCGAUCCAAUAGGACCUGCACAAGAGCUGUUUGAAAAGCCUUUCUUUCAAUCUAUAUCAAAUGCUCUUCGUCCUGGAGGUGUGGUUUGCACACAGGCUGAAAGCAUAUGGCUUCAUAUGAAGUUAAUUGAAGAUAUUGUGUCGAACUGCAGAUCGGUUUUCAAAGGCUCUGUAAACUAUGCAUGGACAACAGUUCCUACUUACCCAAGUGGGGUAAUUGGUUUCAUGCUUUGCUCCAAUGAGGGUCCACAAGUGGAUUUCAAGCACCCCGUGAACAAGAUAGAUGAUGAUGAUUCAAAGGGUCCAUUGAAGUUCUACAAUUCAGAGAUUCAUGAAGCUGCAUUCUGUUUGCCAUCCUUUGCAAAGAAGGUGAUUGACUCCAAGGCUAAAUGAGGGGUAUGACUUUCAUACAAGGGAAGAAGGGAAUUGAAUAAGUUGAGGUAUUAUUUGGAAGGAAGAUUAUCCGACCAUAUGUCUUUGAGAGUUGUAUGGUUUAUUUUUUAAGAUCUGCUUAGAGACAAUGAUUUAUAGUAUUUAUCUAUGUUUAAUUUGAACAAUGCUGUCAAACUAGCCAUGAAUUAUUUAUUGAUCAUGAUGAGAAACAGUUUUGCUUGCGUUUC